CAAAAGUUAUGACUACCGAACACGAACAUCAGCAGGAAGAGGCGAGAAAUCUCUCGAGAUCUGAUAAUGAUGACGAAAUCCACGUCAUUUUGAAGAUAACACCAGUUUUGACAUUUUCUUCUGGUCCGGAGAAUGAAUCUUCAACCACUAAUUCCGAAGUGCAAAAUCCGGCCAGUCUGGAGAAAAAGCAUUCACAAAGCGGUCACAGUCACAAACAAACAAACUGGUUCUCCAUCGACAAGAAAUUUGGAAAAAGUGAGUUGCAAAAGGAACGAGUCAGGAAUUUCAAACUUGAAGGACUUGCAAGCGACACAGAAAUGUCACGUUUGCCGCAAAACUCUCCCGCAGGCGGACGAGGUUAUAAAAUGUUUCUAAGAAGCUUAUCUCAAAGUUCAGCGGCCGAAACAAAAGAAUCUUCUCCCAGCCAAAGACGAAGACUUUCAGAUCCCACAAUCCCAGGCAAGAAAAACCUCAAGAAAAAUUUCGAAGGUCAGGGAAGUUUGAAAAAGUUGCGUCCGAAACUGAAACGAAAGGCAGUGUCGCCGUUGCAUCUUUUCAGCAAAGCGACAGCAUCCAAUACGUGCUUUAAACAUAUCGGUUCUAAUCAUGACGCGGUUCAAAACAAAGAGACCAAAGUAGGCCCUAGAAAAGAUGCUCGUUUGGCCAAAAGGCUGUAUCCUUCUUUCAGCAAAGCGUACGAACAUUUAGCCCAGAGAGAAAGACGUGGAUCAGAUCCAACUGGUGUGCCAAUCAAAGAAGAAGAAGAUGGUCUGGUGAAUGAUUACGAAACAAUGAUUAAUGACUUCUCAAACCAAAUCCAAGAUCUGGCUUUUAAUCUGGAAAACUUAACCACCUCAGACGCUAAGAGCAAUUUUGUGUUAUCAGGCCGUCAUAUCAAGGCAAAUCGACUCCGAGGGGACUCAGACGGCAAAGAGAAUAGCACGGGUGACUUUUUUAAACCAGAUGAUUUUCACUUGCAGGGAAUUUUGGAAGAGGUCUUGAGGUCGCAUCUGCUAACCAUGGAUGAUUACUCCCCGACAAGCUGCGAUCGGGCGAGCAGGAGCAUAAGUAAGAUAAUAACGCGACUUUGUGGUAGCAGCGAUGGUGAAAAACAAACGAGCGGAUGUGGCCAGCGGAAAAUAGCCUGCCUCGUGUACAUUGGAGCUGUGAGGGACGGCGGGAUACAAAUGGCGGCUCAAGCAUUGUGGACCCCAGACGAGGACACUUUUGCCGCUGCUAGUUUCAGAAAUGACUCACUGUGUGGAUUAGCAGUUGUUAUAACAACGCCAAAUUUUUGAUUUGUUGAAAGGAAAAAAAUUAUUUUCCACCUCAGGAAAGCUUCACAAAGUGAUCCUUUUGAACAGUCCUCUCGCUGCUAGGACACGAAAUCAAAACAGUUUAAAUUUCCGCCAGGGCUUUUUCAGAGCAAAGUUUGGUCACUGGACAAGAAACGGAAAUAUGCACGAAAGUUCUCCUUAUCACGCGAGGCGAAUUUUACCCCCCCUCGCGUCGUCGGGAACUGUCGUCAGGCCUCCGACCAGAAAUAAAAAAGAUGACUCUGUCUUGAAGUCAUGUUGCCCUUCUUCGCCGUGAUCACAUCCAUUUAAGCGAUCUUAGACUUCCCAAAGAUAUAAAAGUAUUCUUUAUAAAUUCAACGACGCUUAGUGAAGCAUUAAAAGCGCGGAAACUUUUAUGGAUUGAAAGAAUGCCAAGGUUCUUUCUAUUCGU